ACCAGGUCUUCUUUUUACUCUCUUCUUGUGCUGUCAUGGUGAUUUCAUUGUCCACAUGGCUGGCAGCUCUAACAUGGAAGAAGAAAGGAUUACUAGAAGAAAAGGUGUUGAACUGCCUUCCUGAAUGAGUUCUUGAAGUGCUCAGUUGGGUAAGCACAGCUACGCCGUGCAGGGAAUCUGUAUGCAUUGGGGAGCAAAGAGUUGUAGACCUAAUUGCUUACAUGUCUGUGAGAGCAUAGAGGGGGGAUAGAAGGCCGAGGAGGGGCCACUAUCCACACUAUUUUUUGAAACUUGUCUUUUUGUUCAAAUUGUUCUGUAGAGCUCUUGCUUUCUUCUGUUUCAUCUUUUUGUCAUCACUUUGGGCAGAUGAAUUAUGCACUGAGUUGGUCCCCUCCAAGUCUGCAAGAGCAUUAAUUAGGGGUGCAAAGAAAAUGUUGUGAGUGUAAAGGACAGGAUAGGACAGCAACUCUGCCCGUCCUCUGGGUGUCUAUCCAUUAUGUUUGGUUGGGUUGGAUUGAACUGGUAAAGGGUUUGUUUGGGGUUGGAAUUUGUUGAGGCUGACCAAGUUUUGAAAGAACAUUUCUUUGUUCUUGGACUUCUGUUGCGGAUCUUAGGGUUGCGCAAUGCUUCCUAUGUGAUUCAAUGGUGGGUUUCUUGAUGCUACCACAGAUGGGAGUUGUCUAGAGUUUGGAUUUUGGAUUUGGUUGGUAAGGGUUUUGGGGUGGUUUUUGUGAUUCAAUGCUGGGUUUCUUGAUGUUUCUACAUAUGGGAGUCUCCUGAAGUUUGGAUCUUGGAAUUUGCUUCUUUAGGGGUUCUUGUGAGUCAAUUGUGGCUUUCUUAAUGCUUCUACAGAGAGGUGUAGCCUGAACCUUGGAUCUUGAAUUUGGUCAUUUAGGGUUUAUGAGGUGGUUUGACAUGGCCCCUAAAUGAAGUGAAGUGAAGUGCUUCGAUUAUCCAUAAAUGUGUAACCUUUGGAUGACACUGCAAGGUCACUAGGGUAGUGCUUCUGAGAUACAGGACCCUUUUGCAAUCUAUGGUUCCUACUUCGGGCCUUCACUUGGUGGCAUUGUACAAGAUAAACCAGUUCAUGGAGAAAAGAGCAUUUAUCUACAUGAGCAUGUAGGGUGAUGAUCAAUGACCACAUAGUGGUGCGUUUUGUGACUGUGUUUUUGCAGGACCUUGUUUGAGAUUCUUUAAUCACGUCUCUCCUAGAUUCAUUCAAGAUGGCAUGCAUGAAGCUGGGAUCGAAACCUGAUGCCUUCCGGCAACAAGGGCAAUCCUGGUUCUGUGCAACUGGGCUUCCAAGUGAUCUUACAGUUGAAGUUGGAGAUAUGAUGUUCCACCUCCAUAAGAAAGGGAGAGCGGAGGGUAGUUAUCUGAACAUUUUCACCGACAUCCAUUUAUCGACUUUCUUGACCUUUUUUCCUUUGCUAUCAAAGAGUGGUCUUUUAGAAAAACUAAUCGAGGAGAACUCUGACAAAGAAGAAGCAAUAAAGUUGCAUGAGGUUCCUGGUGGGGCGCCAGCAUUUGAACUUGUGGUCAAGUUCUGCUAUGGUGUGAAGUUGGAACUCAAUUCAUCAAAUGUUGUGCGCUUGCGCUAUGCUUCGGAGCACCUUCAAAUGACAGAAGAGAUAGCAGAAGGCAACUUGAUUGCUCGGACAGAAAUCUUCUUUAACCAGGUUGUCCUUCGCAGCUGGAAAGAUUCGAUGAAAGCACUCCAAACAUGCAGUGAUUUCCUCCCUCAUGCUGAAAACCUUCAGCUUAGUAAGAGAUGUAUCGAUUCCUUAGCCGUUAAAGCUAGUACAGAUCCAAAUCUAUUUGGCUGGCCGAUGAUGGAACACUGUGCCAUGCAAAGCCCCGGUGGGAGUGUGUUGUGGAAUGGGAUAAGCACAGGAGCUAGACCUACAAACUGUCGUUCGGAUUGGUGGUACGAGGAUGUCUCCUCCUUGACUUUUCCCUUGUACAAAAGGCUCAUCUCUCUGAUGAAAUCUCGGGGCAUCAGACAAGAAACAAUUGCAGGUUCUCUGACUUUCUACGCCAAACGGUAUCUUCCCGGACUGAACAGGCAUCAGAAUCUGGCACAUGGAAAUCUUGUAGCUGCACCUUCUGAAGAAGAGCAACGGCAUCUCGUCGAAGAGAUUGAUAGCUUGUUGCCUCUUCAAAAGGGUCUAGCCUCAACCAAGAUCUUGCUUGGUCUUCUUCGCACUGCCAUAAUUCUGCAAGCUCGUCCGUCAUGCAUUUCUAACUUGGAGAAAAGGAUCGGGAUGCAGCUAGACCAGGCCGACCUGGAAGAUCUACUUUUCCCAACCUUUGCAUACUCCACGGAGACACUCUACAAUGUUGAUUGUGUCAAAAGAAUGCUUGAUCACUUCUUAGCCAUGGAUCAAGCUACAGGUGGAACCUCUCCUGGCUCGGUCAAUAAUGAGCAGUCAAUCGGCUCCUCAUCUUUGAUGCCGAUAACCACUGUUGCCAAGCUAAUCGAUGGUUAUCUAGCAGAGGUUGCUCCAGAUACCAACUUAAAGCUGCCAAAGUUCCAAAUGUUGGCUGCUGCCGUACCUGAUUAUGCCCGACCACUCGACGACGGUCUGUACCAUGCCAUUGACAUAUACCUGAAGGCACAUCCUUGGCUCUCAGAAAACCAGAGGGAGCAGCUGUGCCGGCUGAUGGACAGCCAGAAGCUGUCACUAGAAGCUUGCACUCAUGCUGCACAGAAUGAGAGGCUCCCUCUGCGAGUUGUGGUUCAAGUCCUGUUCUUUGAGCAGCUUCAACUUCGGACAUCGGUUGCUGGAUGUUUGCUGGUGUCUGACAACCUUGAUGGCUCGCGACUGCUGAGGAGUGGAAUUGCUUGUUCGGGUGAAGCUGGAGGAUGUACACCACCAACCGCCGUUAGGGAGAACAAGGAUCUGAAGGUGGGCAUGGAUUACAUGAGGAUGAGAGUAUCUGAGCUCGAAAAGGAAUGCACAACUAUGAAGCAAGAAAUCAAGAGGUUAGGUCGGGGAAGGAGUCGAUGGAGCAGCAUUUCGAAGAAGCUUGGUUUCAGGAUGAAGAUGCCGCUAUGCAGUGCCCACGAGGAUUCUGUAAGUGACCAGCAGAAGAGUAAAGUUGGGAAGAUUCACAAGUUGCAGGCUGUAAUCACAAAACAGAAGCAGCUGUUACUUGUAGAUGCUUCUUGUCAUCCUUCUUAAUCGUGUGACAUUGUUGUCCUUAUGUGUGAUUUCUAUUUCAGUAGCCACUUUCAACACAUCAUAUACUUUCUUCUUGUGCAG